CCCAGCUCAAUGAUCACAAGUGUUCCACCCACAACCAUGAGUUACGAAUCAACACCGCUUCAAUUCUGGGAGAUCGAUGAAUACAUCAAAUUGCGUUUCGACACCUUUGCUGCAAGCGAUGGAAGCCUGAGUGCCGCUUUCUGGCCGGGAGGAUACAACCAAUCCAUCCACAUGUUCCUUCGUCGUGGUCCAGAAAAGGACUUCUCCGACCCAAACGAUCACGUUCAGCUCAUCCGCGACAUCAAAACCAAAGCUGUGAUAGGCGCCGCGCAAUGGGAGGUCAAUCCAAUGCCACCAAUGAAUGCGCAACAAGAACAACCGUCGUCGCUUCCGGAUGUUUCGUUGAACGUGGAGGGCGGAAACAUGCUUGCGCUGAAUACCUUCCGCACGAUGCAGGCGGAUUGUCAUCAGCGAAUCAUGGAGAAACAACCGCAUGUUUAUCUGGGUAUCAUGGUUGUAAAACCAGGAUAUCAGGGUCGUGGCGUCGGGUCUUUCGCAAUGAAAUGGGGCGUUGAUCUUGCAGAUCGAUUAGGGCUGCCCAUAUACGUGGAGGCGACGCUACCAGGCAGACGACUGUACGAGAGAUGGGGCUUCGAGGUGCAGGAAACAAUGCCAUUCGAUGCGAGAGUCUUUGGCGCCCCCUCCAAAGCGGAGCAUUACUGCAUGGUGAGACCAGCAAGGAAAGCAGAUGAGUCGGCAAUCUAGCGUAUUGGAAUUAGGUUUGAGAACUCGGAGCCGGUACCAAACGAAUUGGUUCUGAUGCAUCAAGAGCGAUCACAGAGUCUGCAGAUGCACCAUUGAGUCGCCACAGAUGCUCCACCAGAAGAUGAGUGCUCAUCGUGUGAGAGGGACGUGACAGAACAGAUGAUCAGGGGGUCGGUAGGGUCAUACAUUUUGGAAAGUCCUCAGUAUAGAUCCAUUCGUUAAGGUCAAAAUCUGUGUCCAGAUCAUUUGAUAUCUCUUCGUCGGAGAUAUGUGUAUGCGUGUUGGUGUCGGCAAUCGCGUUCGGCGAAUCUUUAGCGACUCCCGCAACAAUGCUUUCCU